CUUCUCCUUCUCUAUCCUUGAACAUGUCUGGAGUGUCUGGACUUAAGGUUAGGGUUUUGGUUUCUUCAUUGAUCACCUCAUGGAAGCUUCAACUUUCAUGGAUUCAUCUCAUGCUUUUCCUGUUCAACCUCGUUACAGUGAACUCCAUGACUGCUUCUCCUUACGCUUCUCAAAUCUCUUACCACGAUUACUGCAAUUCCGUCGUCCCUGAAUCGACACCAAGGGGAAGGGGACCCGAAAUGUUUCGUGGAAAUUUUCUCAUGGUACAGAACGGAUAUUACAUCGGUGGCGAUAGAAUUCUUGGUCAGAAUUCCCAAUCUUCGUUCAAUUUCCCUAAAUAUGUUUCUUUUAAAACCAGAAAUGUAUACCAAACCGAUGCUCCUGGUGUUCUUAAGGUCGAGGGGAACUUGGACUUCCGAGGCCCCAAUACAUAUUCUUAUGUGGGUAAUUCGACUUUUGGUAGAUCUCUUUAUGGCCGGCUACGGCAUCGGACACCUCGGUUCCCUGUUCGGAAAAGCGGAGCGAAUUUCAGGUUACAAGGGUUCUGGUCUGCAUCGACGGGGAGGUUGUGUAUGGUUGGAUCUGGUAUGAGUUACUCCAAAAAAAAAGGUGAAUUUCUUGACCUUUCGGCUGUUUUUAAGCUUAAUUAUCCCGAGAAUUCGACCAUUCUUACUUCUUUGAUUAGUGGAACUUUGGAGAGCUUGGAUAAGGUCGAUAGUUUGGACUACUUUGAACCAAUUUCCAUGUUGGCCCUUUCUCAGAGCAAUUACGAGUACUCGUUGAUCAAUAAAGAAAUUGACAACGGGUGUUCGAGUACCAAUGGUGAUCAGCAAGAGUUAUCGCUUGGUUUACAAUCAAGUAAAGGUAUCUGUUCGAUUCUACGUAGGCCAGCUAAUGCCUUUGAAUUGGAGUACAGGGGUGAUUGCGAUGCAGCAGCUACGAAUUGUACUCCUGUGGAUAAGAGUAUUGGGUUUUUGCCUGGCUUCAUGUCCUUCGAUGGAGUCCGAUGUUCAGGUAACCAAAAGAUGCGGCUGUCGUUGGUAUUUUCUAACUUCAGCUAUUUUGGGUAUAACCAGCCUCUUGACCCCAAAAUGACACUGGUUGGUGAGGGAGCGUGGGAUGGAGAGAAGAACCAGUUUUGCGUUGUUGCUUGCCGAAUCUUGAAUUUUACAGAUUCAUUAGCUGGAGCUUCUGUCGGAGAUUGCUCAAUCAGGCUGAACUUGAGGUUCCCCCCAGUAUUGUCAAUCAGAAACAGGAGUUCUAUUGUGGGACAAAUUUGGAGCAAUGCAACUGCGAAUAGUUCUGGUUAUUUUGAUAGAGUUAUAUUCCAGGCUCCUGAGGAUGCAUCACCGUCAGUUCCAGGUCUCAAGUAUGAGUAUACCAUGAUGGGCGGACUAAGCAAGCAGUGCGAAAUCAAGGCCCAUAAAACCAAGGGAGAGAUAUACCCUGAUGGGUAUUCAUAUGACAUGAGAUUCGACAUGUCUGUGAAAAAUGAUCUUGGGCAACUUGCAUGGGGGUAUGCAACUCCACUUUCUGUUGGUGAUCAGUUUUAUGAGCACUCCAGCCGCUCCCUCAUUCUAGUAUCUGACCAAGAAGAUACUGCUGCAACUGAAGUGAGUACUCACAACCACAGCAGUGUGCUGAAUGUCAGCUAUCAGAUAAGCUUCACGAUUCCACCUGAAUUCAAAUUUGGUAGGAUUCUUCCAAGUACACAUACACUCAUAAAAAUUUCAGGUGAAGGGAUCUACAAUGGUGAAACUGGAAACCUAUGCAUGGUGGGUUGUCGGUCUUUGGACUCAAAGUAUAAGAUAUCUGCUAAAAAUGAUUCCAUUGACUGUGAGGUUUUCAUUAAUGUCCAGUUCCAUCCUCUGGAUGCAAAGAUUGGAAGUCAUGUCAAAGGAACUAUCAAAAGCACCCGGGAGAAGUCUGACCCUCUUUACUUCAAAUCUUUAGAGGUUUCCUCAAAUGCUAUUUAUCGCUCUCAAGCAGAAGAAUCUCUCUGGAGGAUGGAUCUGGAGAUCACCAUGGUUCUGAUCUCUAACACGUUUGCCUGCGUCUUCAUUGGGUUGCAGCUUUUCUAUGUGAAAAAACAUCUGGAUAUGGUUCCGUUCAUCUCACUGGUCAUGCUUAUCAUACUUACUUUAGGGCACAUGAUCCCUCUACUGCUGAACUUUGAAGCAUUGUUCAUGGCGGACCGUAACAAGCAGAAUGUUUUGCUAGGGACUGGUGGAUGGCUUGAAGUUAAUGAAGUUAUUGUAAGAGUAGUUACAAUGGUAGCUUUUCUAUUGCAGUUCCGUCUUCUCCAACAGGUUUGGUCAACAAGAUGGAGUGAUGGAUGUCAUAAGGGCUUGUGGACUGCUGAGAUUAAAGCUCUCUAUGUGACUCUGCCAUUGUAUCUACUUGGUGGGUUGAUUGCUUUAUUUGUGCACUGGAAGAACAAUUUUAAUGAGGCCCCUAUGAUUCGUAACUCUCUUGUGCCUAAUUAUCAGCAGCAUUCCCUUUGGGGAGACAUGAGAUCUUAUGCUGGUUUGGCCCUGGAUGGUUUUCUGCUCCCUCAGAUCCUGUUCAACUUAUUCUUGAACUCCAAAGAGAAGGCUCUCGCCUCAUCAUUUUAUGUUGGAACGACUGCUGUCCGUUUGCUGCCACAUGCAUAUGAUCUUUAUAGAUCCCACAAAUAUGGUCGUUACUUUGAUGUAUCAUACAUCUAUGCUAGUCAUGGUGUGGAUUUUUACUCCACAGCUUGGGACGUUAUUAUCCCUUGUGGAGGUAUGUUGUUUGCCAUCAUCAUCUACAUACAACAGCGGUUUGGUGGUCGUUGCAUCCUUCCCUUGAAAUUUAGAGAAUCUGUUUUGUAUGAGAAGGUUCCUGUAGUUAGCAGCUAGUGAUUGCGAGAGUAACCUACUCAACUCCCUACUUCCAUCAUUAUUGCUCCUGUAAACUCCACUGCUCUGUAUAAAUGCAAGUCUGAGUUUUAGUUGCUGUGGAAUUUUCUUCUUCGAGGAUUCUCUAUACUGUUGUGUGCUGUUUAAAAAGUAAAUAUAGGUUCUGUGAUUACCGAGUU